UGCGGCGGCGGAAGUAGUAAAAGCCGCUCGGAGGUCUGAGACGUCUCCUUUGAGAAAGUAGUAAAAGGGGGCCGGGCGCUGUGGGCUGGCCGGUGGGAUGGCGGAUGAGGAAGAGGACCCCACCUUUGAGGAAGAAAGUGAAGAAAUUGGAGGAGGUGUGGAAGGUGGGCAGGGUAAAAGAAAGAGACUUUUUUCUAAAGAAUUACGAUGUAUGAUGUAUGGGUUUGGGGAUGACCAGAAUCCUUAUACUGAGUCGGUGGAUAUUCUUGAAGACCUUGUUAUAGAGUUCAUCACUGAAAUGACUCACAAGGCAAUGUCAAUUGGAAGACAAGGUCGGGUACAAGUUGAAGAUAUCGUCUUUCUGAUACGGAAGGACCCAAGGAAGUUUGCGAGGGUUAAAGAUUUGCUUACUAUGAAUGAAGAAUUGAAACGAGCUAGAAAAGCAUUUGAUGAAGCAAACUACGGAUCUUGACAACUUUGGAACUUACUGAAGCUUCCUUAUCUUCUGGGGAGACCAUAUAUAUAACCAUAUGUUUUCCAUGGGAAGGUCCCCAUAACUAGCGAUGUAAGUGAAAGGUGGAGAAGCACGAAGUUUCCCACCUUCAUUUUCAUGUCUUCUAUUUAAGAGUGAUAUUUGAGCCCUAGCCGGUUUGGCUCAGUAGAUAGAGCAUUGGCCUGCAGACUGAACGGUCUCAGGUUCAGUUACGGU